AUCUCAAAUGAUGUGUGUUGGUCCUCACUCUCCCCAGCUGCAGCAAAUAGCAUGCUGAUACAGGCACUUCACUGUGGCUAGCGGUAGCUAACGACAAUGUCCCUGAGGCAUACCGGAGUGCUGCUCCGUUCACAGCCUCUGGCUCAUCCGUGGCUACUACCCCGGCGAAGCGUCCACAGCCCGGCUUCAUUCCGGCAGGUCAGCCUGCUGCCGGAUCGGAAGCGGCGAGGGGUCGUGUUCCCCUUCAGUGCGCUAGAGGGCCACCUGGACCGCAGGGUGGACUGGGAGGACUUCCAGCUCUUCCACCCCAGCGAGGAGGACCUGCGGCGGGCAGAGGAGCUGUUCACACCCUCCGCCAGGCAUGACAUCCUCUAUACUUCGUCCGCAGUCAGAAUGGACCACGUUCCUGUGACACAGCAGCCAGAGGUGUGUUUCAUUGGCAGGAGUAAUGUUGGGAAGUCGUCUCUCAUCAGGGCUCUGUUCUCUCUGGCUCCUGAUGUUGAGGUCAGAGUCUCCAAAACACCGGGUCACACUAAGAAGAUGAACUUCUUCCAGGUGGGCGGGGCCUUCACUCUAGUGGACAUGCCGGGAUAUGGCCAUAAGGCUCCCAGAGACUUUGUUGACAUGGUGGAACCUUACCUGCAAGCCCGUAAAAAUCUGGUGCGAACGUUCCUGCUGGUGGAUGGCUUUGUUGGGCCUCAGAAAGCUGACCUGAUCGCCGUGGAGAUGUGCGAGGAGUUUGGACUGCCUUAUGUGAUGGUGGUGACUAAAAUCGAUAAGGUCAGGCCAGGCGUUCUCCUUCCACACCUGCUGCAGCUUCAGAGCCUCAUCAAGACCCAGACAAAAUACUGCUUUGCCCAGCCCUUUCUAGUCAGCUCCAUACACUUCUCAGGAGUUCAUCUCCUCAGGUCUUUCAUCGCCCACGUGACGGGUAACCUUCAGCUAAGCUCCUAGGACUCGCACGCACACACACACACACACACACACACACACACACACUCUCCAGUACGGACAGACGAGAAGUGGGUGGUCGUGUUGUGUGAGCAAUGUUGAGGGUUGUUCUAAACCCCUGACUGAGAUCUACUGCAACACAGCCUUCAUCGUCACCACAGGACAUCCACCUCACAGCCCUGAUGACCAGAGACUCCACAUCACCACAGGACACACACCUCACCACAGGACCCACCUCACAGCCCUGAGGACCAGAGAC